AUGGAUGUAAAUGAACCUAUAAUAACAACUGGACAAUUUACUGGUGCAGCAACAAUCUUGGUGCAGUUACUAGUUAAUAACUAUAAAGCAGAUGUCAAUGCUACGGCUGCUGAUGGGACUCGAUCCAUACAUUUGGUUUGUUUUUAUCAACCUCAUCCCAAGCAAAUAGGACUUUUUAUUAAAGGACAUACAUAUGGCGCAAUAAUAUAUACAUUGGUACAAACUAAUGCGAAUGCUGAUGCUGAGUUUGGACGAGAUAUUUUUUUAAAACAUUUUGAAGACAGUGAUUGGUGUCCCGAUUUUGAAGCAAAAAUUAACGAAAACAUCAUAAGUCUUAAAAAUAAAACAUUACUGAUGUACGCUCUCGAGAGCGCACAUGACGAACUCUUCAUGGAGUUUAUUGAAAAACUGUUUAAGGGUCCUACUAAGUUAAUAAAUCAUCGCGAUAAUUAUGGUGUACCAGCAACUCAUUAUCUAGUCCAUCCCAAACAAUAUGGAAAUUCAACAUUUUUACCCAAUCUAGUAGCUUACAGAGGUUACUCAGGUCUACUGAAGACGAUUUUGCCUUAUUACACUGACAUGUCCUUAUCUAAUAGGGUUUUAUACUACGCAACGCUUCCCAUCGAUGAAAAUUCUGAUGAUUUAUUUCGUCCCCAUCCAACCGACUAUGUUGAGCGAAGUCGUUAUCUGGAAAAAAUCAGAAUAAAGCGCCAAGAGUCUAUACAGGUUGCUGGUAGAAGAUUUGGUCCUUAG